UCAGCCCCUUCAGUUGUUUUCGGUGGCGAAAUUCAAACAGAGAAAGCCGUUCCUUCUGCCCUCCCCUUUGGUGGCGCCUUCCAGGAGAAAGUAUGGGCGGUCCUCUGGUGCAGUUCUGGUGUAUGUCUCUAGAAAUUUCUAGAUAAAUGUUUUUUCAGACAUGCAGGAAGAAGAUAUAAAUGGAAAAGGUCUGUUUGUCGCUUCUAUUAUGAGUAGAGUAAGAGACUUAAAAAGCAAAUAUAAAAACGAGGACAAUAUUACAGAUGAACUUAGUAAGAUAUCAGCUGAUACAACAGAUAACUCUGGAACUGUUAAUCGGAUCAUGAUGACUGCAAAUAACCCUGAAGACUGGAUGCAUUUUUUACUAAAAUUAGAGAAAAAGGGCAGUCCUCAGACUGACAUCAGCUUAUUGAAUAGAUUAAUUGGUCGUUACAGUCAAGCCAUAGCAUCAUUAUCUGCAGAAAAAUAUAGCCAGAAUGAAAGUUAUGCUCACAUUCUGGUUAGGUUUGCAGAACUAAAGGCUAUGGAGGAACCAGAAGAGGCACGUGAUCAGUUCCAUCUUGCUAGACUGAACAGCAAGAAAUUUGCUUUCGUCCACAUAGCUUUUGCGCAGUUUGAACUCUCCCAAGGGAAUGUAAAAAAGGCUAAACAGCUUCUUGAAAAAGCGGUGGAAUCUAGAGCAGUUCCAGUAGAGAUGUUGGAAACUGCUCUAAGAAACUUAAGCUUACGAAAAAAGAUCCUACUUCCUAUUGAAGAAAAGGAGAAUUUGACAGUCCCAAACUCUCACAAUCUAGUUGGAAAUGUUCUGAAUAGAAAAAACAAUGGUGAUUCUGAGAUUUCUGCCAAUAUUUCCAACUUUUGUCAUGGGCAGAAAAAUGAUUCCCCGCAAGAAGCUGAAUUGGACUUGGGUGGACGCAACCCUCUGAAGCAACUAAACAAAGCAAAUCCGGUGUGCACCUUUGGAAGAGUUCCUAUCAAAUUAGUAAGUGAUAGUGAGAGUGAGAGUGAUGAUACAGAUGACUCUGUGAAGAAGGAGAUGCCACAUCUUACAAAAAGGCAAAUAUCUGCUACCAGUCUGAAUACUUUGUCACUACAUGAAGCAAAAUCAAACAGAAGUGAUUCCUAUCUGCCACAGAACUUGAAGUGUUUACCAAACAGAAAGCUUAUAGAACUGCACCUAUCUGAUGAUGAGAGCUUGGAAGCAGCUACCAAUACCUCUCUAACAUUAAAAAAUAAAUUUGAUUCCAACUACGUCAUUCAAAGAAAAGAAAUUGAAGAUCAGCAGGACGAGCCAAGCAUCACUGAAUCAAACUGUCCAGAAAGGCAACUGCACAAUUCUGUUUCCAAGAGAAAUGACCAAAGGGAAAAUGAACAAUCUAGAUUACACUGUAUUGCAACUGGAAAUAAAUGGUUUCAUCCUGAAGCUUUGCAUAAAAGAAACUCAGAGGGAAAUCACUUAAGUUUAGAACACCAAGCAAUUCCAGUUUGUAAAAGAUUAUCACUAAAAGAGUCAACUUUACAACGAUGUUCACCACCAGAAACUACUUCAGAAAGAAAGAGCCAGGCAGAUGUUGGUACAACACCUAGCAACAAAAAGCUGCACAAUUAUUUUGGCUGUUUCAGUACUCCAUCCAUAAGAAAUGAUUUUCCUUUUGCGGGAAGUGCAGGCACCCCAUACAACCAUUUUCCGUAUUUGCAGACCCAUACUCCAAAACCUCUUUUCUCAGUGCACACUCCAUUACAGAUUCCAGCUUCUGUACCGUCAAAUGAAUGCAUUGCUGUUAAAGGAAAAUUGUACUCGGUGCUUAAACAAAUCGGAACAGGAGGCUCGAGUAAGGUAUUCCAAGUACUUGAUGAAAAAAAGCAGCUUUAUGCCAUCAAAUAUGUGAAUCUGGAAGAGGCUGAUCAACAAACAAUAGAAAGCUAUAAAAAUGAGAUUGCACAUUUAAAUAAACUCCAGCAACACAGUGAUAAGAUCAUUCGGCUUUAUGACUAUGAAAUUGGAGCAAAAAGUAUCUAUAUGGUGUUGGAAUGUGGAAAUAUUGAUCUGAACAGCUGGCUUAAAAAGAAGAAGGCAAUUAAUCCAUGGGAGCGGAAAAGUUAUUGGAAAAAUAUGUUAGAAGCUGUCCAUGCAAUCCACCAACAUGGUAUUGUUCAUAGUGAUCUCAAACCAGCAAAUUUCCUUCUAGUGGACGGAAUGUUAAAAUUAAUAGACUUUGGCAUUGCAAACCAGAUGCAGCCAGACGUGACUAGUAUUGUUAAAGAUUCACAGAUUGGGACUCUAAAUUAUAUGCCACCAGAGGCAAUCAAUUCAUCCUGUGGAGAAAAUAGCCAACCAAGAUCAAAGAUCAGUCCAAAAAGUGAUGUCUGGUCUUUAGGCUGUAUUUUAUAUUCUAUGACCUAUGGAAGAACUCCAUUUCAACACAUAACAAAUCAAAUCACAAAACUUCAUGCCAUAAUUGAUCCUAAUUUUGAAAUAGCUUUUCCUGAUAUUCCAGAAAAAGAUCUCCAGGAUGUCUUGAAGCAUUGUUUGGUAAGAAAUCCUAAACAAAGAAUAUCAGUUGCUGAAUUGUUGGUUCAUCCUUAUGUACAAAUCCAAAGUAAUUCAGAAACAGGGCAUUCAAGUACAAAAGGAACCACAGAGGAAAUGAAACGUAUUCUUGGUCAUCUUAUUGGCUUGAACUCUCCUAAUUCCAUUUCUAGGGCUGCUAGAACUUUAUACGAGCAGUGCAGCAAUGGUGAAGGCUUAGAUGUGUCUGCUUUUGCAAGUUGUGAUCAUCAGAAAGCACGGAGUACCAAGUGAUAUGUGAACUUCAUUUUCAGAAUGCACUAAUAUCAAAUGCUAUUCUAGGCAAAGGUUGCCUUUUAAAAUAAAGAUCAUCCUCACCAUUUAUUUUGCCAUUAAUUCUAUCUCAGUCACAUUGGCAUCUAGGCUGGUUUUGUACGAUCAUAUUAGAACAUAAAAAUCCUAUUUCAUAAAUUCUUAAAAAAUUGAAAUGCUGAAGAUUUUUCGUUGCAAUCUACAAAGACUGAAUGGGUUCUUUUCUUUUUCCAUUGGGUAUAGUCAGCAUGUUUUUUUUUUUCAGAUACCACUGAUAGGGGCCACUUUGUAAGAUAGUAACGUAAUUUAACCACUUUUCGCUCAUCUUUUGCUCUAUGCCUCCUGCCAUGGGAAAUGUGACUUAUAAAUGGAACUGGGCAUACCUAUAAACAAGCAAACAAAAAAAGAAUUCUGUAAAUAAAAUAAAGUGGUUUACAAUGUGUUAAUUUUCUCAACAUUUUUUAAAAAUAAAAUUCAGAGCAAUAUCCUUCA